CUUAUCAAACCAUCUUCCGAAUCCACAGCCACCACCACCGCCUCCACAACCAGAACCGACGGUUUCCCGAUCUCAUCACUCAUGUGGUCAUCCGUGAGAAACCGAGCUCUUUCCGCAACUAUUAACCAAUGGAAAUCAUGCAUCAAUCGCUCCUUUUGUUCCUCUCUAAUCAACUCUACAAACGCCAAUGGAAAUCAGGUUGUUGAAUUACUGAACCUAGAGGAGGUGGAGAAGAUUCUCACAGACGUUCGAGCAGAUGACGUCAGAAUCAUACCGGUCACAAAACAGUCGGAGUUUGCCAAUUUCGUUGUUGUUGCCACCGGCCGCUCCCAAUGGCAUGUUCGUAAUAUCGCUCAAGCCCUAAUUUACAAGGUGAAGCAAAAACAAACAGGAGCAAAGAGAAUGUUGCUACCAAGUGUAGAAGGGCAAGAAGGAGGAAACUGGAUUGUCAUUGAUUCAGGUUCAUUAAUAGUCCAUGCUCUUGAUGAGAAAGCAAGAGCUUAUUACAACUUGGAGCAGCUAUGGACUUCAAAAGAGUCAACUAAUGACCAAAGUCAAAGUCAGGACUUGGGUCAAGCUUUCGUGAAGAAACGCCGAAUAAACAACUCCAAAAAACCAGCCAAGUAAUGUGUUUGAUGAUCAAGUCAAGUUGUGUUGAAUGGGGGGAGUUGUAAAUUAAUCAGGAAUGUUUUUAAUUCCAAAUUGUAAUAAACUUGAUGCAUUUUCCAGGUUUCUAAAAUCUUUUACAUCAUCACAACACACAUAUUCUUUGGCCUUUUUUUAUCUGUAUCUGAAACCUGAAUUUCCAAAGGGGGAAACCUUUAAGAAAGAUAAAACAUCCCAAGUUCGAAAGAA